GUCGGCUGCGGGAGCGUCCGCGGGUCCCGGAGCGUCGGCAGCGGCUCGGAGCAUCUAUUGAAGAUUGUGUCAAAAUGGAUCGUGAGUAUAUGGGGAAGGUCAACUCUUACGGUCAAAAAAAGAAAUAUACAGUGGUUUAUGACACCGUCGCUAAAACGGGCCCACCUCAUGAUCCUGAGUUCACAGUUGUUGUCAUAGUAAAAGGUGAGGAAUAUGGUAGUGGCACUGGUAAAAGUAUAAAAGCAGCAAAAGAAGUAGCAGCAAAAAAAGCAUGGGAAAGGAUUGAGGAAGAGGAGAAGAGUUCAUCAAACAUGGCAGCUGCAGAUUUAACAACAGCUCAAACAACCUCAACAACCUCAUCACCUGCGCCAGACAAGAAUUAUGUCUGCCUGUUAAAUAGUAUUUCACAAAGGACGGGUUACACAGUUGGUUAUACUACCGAAAAUCGUACUGGAGAUCCCCAUACUCCCACGUUUUCUGUUAGCUGUACAAUUAGAGGUCAAUUGUAUGGAAAGGGCACUGGACCUUCCCUAGCUGCUGCAAAAAAAGCUGCUGCAAAGGAAGCAUAUGAGAAGUGGGAACUUGAAAGAGCUAAUAACAGCAAUUCCUCUCAAGUGUCAGCUGAGUCUGACUCAGAUAAAAACACCAUUUGCUUUGCUGACUCAUCUGCAAAGUUGGAAGAAGAAAUGAAGGACAUGGCAAUAUGUGAAAAGCCUUCACCUUCUCAGAGAAAUGCACAAAGGUCUGUCUUGGAGACCAAAAGAAAAUUGGCAGCUAAUUUUGCUAAUGUAAGAAACAAGGAAGAGGAAAAAAAUAUGUCAGAUUCCAGUGAAGGUUUGCCGGAUGUGGACACAAAUACUGGAAAAGAGAAUGGGAGUCCACACACUGUCAAUAAAACAUUUCUUGAACUUUUUGAAAAAAUACAGCAUAUUGGUGCAGGUGGUUUUGGGAAUGUUUUCAAGGCAACAUCGAAGUGUGAUAAGACAACCUAUGCAAUCAAACGAGUUGAAUUCACAGAGAAAGUGGAGCGUGAAGCACGAGGGCUGGCAAGACUUUCACAUGAGAACAUAGUGCGCUAUCAUUGCAGCUGGAGAGGGUACGACCGUAUCAAGGGCUCAGGCUCAAGAUGGAAUUCAGACCCAGAAAUUCUCUGUCUUUUCAUCCAAAUGGAAUUCUGUGAACAAGGGACAUUGGAAGACUGGAUUAUAAAAAAUAGCAAAGACCAAAAGUAUCAUGAAAUGGCACAAAAAAAUUUUUUACAAAUAGUGAAAGGAGUGCAAUGUAUUCAUUCUGAAAAGUUAAUUCAUCGAGACCUCAAGCCUCAGAAUAUAUUCAUAUCACAUGAUAAUAAAAUAAAAAUAGGCGACUUUGGUCUUGUGACUUCUGUGGCAUUUGAGACUCUGACUGAGAACAGAGGAACAAGAUCGUAUAUGGCACCAGAACAGAUUGGGACCAAAUAUGGAAAGGAAGUAGAUAUUUAUGCUUUGGGAUUAAUUUGGUUUGAAAUUCUUUCGGCAAUCACUGCUCAUGAAAAAAGUAAGGUAUGGUCUUCUGCUAGAGCAGGUGAACUUCCAGAGUACUUCAAAAAUCAAUUUCCAGCAGAGGCAUCCAUAAUCAAAAAGAUGCUUUCAGCAGACCCUUCUGGAAGAAUCACUAUAUCUCAUCUACUUGACCUUCUUAAUUCUGUUGAUAAAGAGAAGGCACUUAGAAAUUAUUCUUAUUGAAUGUCCCUUCACACUGUG